AUGGCACAGUCAAAUCCACUUCUGCGAAGAUCAAAACUUCCUCCUAUCAGCGGGCAAGCUACAACAGGUGACAUUCAAGAUCGAUUAAAAACAAUGCAAAACCCUGCAGCGUUACUGCUAUCAUAUGCAAAACUAAAUGGGCAAAAUAUAACCUUAAAUCGCCCUAGACAAACCAAAACAUCCGCGCCAGUUCAUAUCGCAAUUUCCCAAGAUGACCAAUUGCCUACUGAUUUCGUAGAGGGCAAAGAGCCAUACGAAAAUAUUGCAUUUGCUCCUUUAAACCAAGACCCUGAAGGAAUUUAUACAUUCGUGGAAAGUAAUUUCUAUUCAGAUUUGAAAACUGGGAAUUUUAGAAGAUUUUUUAACAAUAAUUUAGUAAUAAAAGAAGCAAAACCUGUUUACACUUCGGUUUCUGAAGAAGAAAAAGAAGCUAGCGUAUAUAUGAAGUUGGAAGAUUUAAGUUUUUUUAUUCAUAGAUUUUUUCUGUUUCUUCAAGGUAUAUGUGGAGGUCUAGGAAUAGUUCAUAUAUAUUUGCUGCUAUCUAAUUUUGAUGAUAUCGAAUUUUUGGAUUUUUAUGCGCAACAUGCAGUACCAAUUGGAACACUAUUUCAUAUUGUAGUGUUUUUAUCAUUAGUCGGAGCAAUUCAUAGGGUGAUUUCAGAAAAAAACCACUGUAAACAAUAUUUAGACACUGUAAUCUCAAGAACUGAAGUAGACUACGACACGAGUAAGCAUAGGAUGCCAUAUUAUAUAGCUAUGGUUUGCACAAUUUGCUAUGCAAUUGCUUAUAUUUUUGUCACAGCUUGUGCAGCAUUUGCCUCAAGGAUGUAUUUUAAUGAUAAAAAUUACCAGCAUGCUUGGAAAUCUAAUGUAGAUUCGAGCAUUUCAGAUGGACUUAAAAGCUGAAGAUGGCUAAUGAUAAUUAUAUUUUUAUAAUAAAUGUGCAUAGUUGUAAUAUAAUUAAUGGGAAUUUGAAUAUUUAUGGAAAAAAUAGUGCAGACGCUUUAAUAAUUCUUGCAUGGAUUAUUUGGUCAAUGCAAAGCAAUUGGAACAUUGGUACACUAUAUAGGAUGGAACUUGAAGCGCUGAAACGAAAAGAAGAAGCCACGGUUGUCAGCUAUUUACAAAAGAUUUAUCGUCAUUUAUUUUAUGGAAAUCCAUAUUUGCCUUCUGGAGUUUAUACUAUUAAUGAUACCAAAGAGGAGAGCCCAACAAAAGAAAAGGCUGAAAAGGAAAUUAAAAAAUUAUAA